UAUUUAUUUAUGAAUCUAGCAUUAGUUUGUAUUUUAAUUCUGAGCAUUUCAGCUUUUGAAGUUAGAAUUAAUUUUGAGAAAGCAACUUCUGAAACUCGAAGGAAGAAUCAUUUUAGCAGUUCAUCAUUUGAGAGCAAUAAAUUGAAAGCAACUGAAGAUGACUCUAAAAAAUAUUUGGAUGAUUACAUUUUAACAGUAUUCUUGAUUAAUAAUUCAGAUUCCAUUGACUUUGGGGCAGACUUAACUCAAAUAAACAAUAGAUACUACUUCUUACAUCUCAUGGGUUUAUAGCAAAUAAACUGAGACUAACUAAUGUACCAAUUGCCCAAAUGAUGCAGAAAUAUUCAAAUGUGAAGGAAGUUGCUAAUAUUCAAAAACUGCAGAUGAUCAAAAAAAAGUACCAUUAACCACUGAAAAUACUUACGGAGGUCGUGUAGUAGUUACAGGCUCAUAUGCAACUCAAGUAUGAACUAAUUAAUGAAAUAAGGAUUCUUUGGAAUUGAUGGGAUUGAAGGCAAACUAAGUUGGUCUUGGACUUAUUGAUAAUUUGAAUGCAAAGGAGGAUCCUAAGUAUGAAUUUAAAGCAAAGAAUGGUGUGAUAGGUUUUGCUUAUGGUUCAGAUUAUAUUGAAUACAAAAAUAAAAAAAAUGCUAUGGUUGGAGAAGUUAAGAAUGAACCAACUUUAGAGUAGACUCAUAGCUUACUUUAAUAGUAAUUUGAUUAACAUUAAAAUAGAUUCCAUUCUCAAUUGAAUAAUGUGUAAGCAUCAACAUUUGCAUUAAAAUUGGAAGAUAAUUUAUCUUUAUUGAUUAUUGGAGAAUAAUCGAACUAUUUUGCAGAAUCCAAAUUCACUUAAUUUACCAAUGUAGGAAAAAAGGUGUGGGCUUUGAAAGUUAAUAAGAUUUCCUAUGGUCUUGAAGGAAACUUUGCAUGUAAUCUGAUUCAUUUAUUUUUGCAGCUACAGGAACUGCCAUUUUCGAUAGCACCACCAGAUUUAUUUGGGCUGAUAAUUCAGUAAUUCAAAGUUUCUUAAAAGAGAUUAAAAAUUUCCAAAUUGUAUUUUGACUAUUAAUUAUUAGGAAUGCACUUAAGAAGAUGGCUUAUAUAAAUGCCCUUGUAAUGAUGAGCAAUUCGAUAAAUAUAAAGACAUUUACUUCUCAUUUAAUCUCCAAGAUAAAAUAGCAUAUCCAUUAUCCAAGUAGGAUUAUAUUCACAGAGAACAAAACUAAUGCUAUCUGUUGAUGAAAACUAUCUCAGAUAAGAAUACAUUAGCAACUCAAUAAGAGAAGUCUAAUAUCAUUAUCCCAUAUACAUUCUUCAAGUAAUAUUUUGAUUUUAACAAUACCUAGAAAAAAUUUUGUGUUGUUUAAUUAAGAUACAAACCAAAUUUCGAUUUCUCAUUCAUAUCAAGUCAAUCCUGAUUAAAUCCACAUCCCCUAAAAUACAAUUCUUUAUACAGCAAUUGUCGGAGUAUUGUUGCUUUUGUUGUCAUUAUUCCUUCUGGUAAAUUGUAUGCAGUAAUAAAUUGUCAUAUAUAAAAUAGUAAAGCUCCUUAUGAUUAGGAUUAUUUACAUUAAGUUGACACUGGUAAGGGUGGAUAAUCAAGAUCUGUUGUUAAUUAUUAAUAACCAUAAUAAUAAUAAUAAUAAUAAUAAUAAUAAUAAUAGUAAGUUCCUCAAUUCAAUUAACAAUAUCAAUAGUCUUAACCAGGCAUGUUUGGAGCUCCUCAAACGUAUUAAUAACAACCUUAAAGAGCUUAACCUCCUCUAUAUUAAGGUGGUCUCUAUAAUUCUAGCCCAUAAAGAGCGAACCAAAUCGGAAUAAACUCUUAGGGAUAAUAUAUGCCAGGGCAAUAUAGAUGAUGAG